UUGCGAUGAAUAUCUUUUUUCUACCAGAUUAUUUUGUUUUAUGAAAAAACGCGUCGGAAUCGAGUAUAAUUCCAUUGAUUUUUGAGAUGCGGGAUCUAUUCUGUGUACAUUCCCGUUUAUUAUGCCGAUUAUUAUAAGGUUAGGCUGAGUUAAACGAGCCAUGUGCCAUUCCGUAUGAAUGAGUUUAAUGCUUGCACUUGACACCGGCGUUUUCUCAAAAUGACACAAGUCGCGCAGGAAGAUAACGAAUUGAAGAGAUUGCUCAAUAAUCCAGCUAAAAAUGCAAGCGAAGAUGGAUCCAUGGCACCACCGUUAUCGACCAAUGUGCCGAGACCAAGUACAUCACAAAAUGCCAAUCCACAAUCGAUGAUGAUUCCGAUAAAGCCAAUUAAUAGCACGAAAGAAGUUGUGGAGCCUUGUUUACAAAAUGUAGUUUCUACAGUUAACUUGCAAACGGAAUUAAAGCUCAUGUACAUUAAUGUGAGAACUAGGAAUUCUGAAUACAAUCCAGCGAGGUUUACUGGAUUGAUAAUGAGAAUACAGAAUCCUAGAGCAACAGCGCUGAUCUUUCGCUCUGGUAAAUUAGUAUGUACUGGAGCGAGAAGCGAGGAAGAUUCGUUUUUAGCAGCAAAGAAAUUUGCCAGGAUAAUCCAGAAACUUGGAUUCCCUGUUAAGUUUUCCAGUUUUAAAAUACAGAAUAUAGUUGCAACGUGUGAUUUGAAAUUCCCAAUUAAGUUGGAGAAUUUAAAUCACAUGCAUGGACAGUUUUCUAGUUACGAACCAGAGUUAUAUCCUGGUCUGACAUAUAGAAUGGUAGUACCUAGAGUUGUAUUGUUAAUAUUUGUAAAUGGUAAAGUUGUAUUAACAGGAGCCAAAAAUAGGAUUGAACUACAAGAUGCAUUAAAUAAUAUAUAUCCGAUAUUAAAGAGUUUUAGAAAGCAAUGAUAUUAUUUACUUACAAAAUAAAUGUCAAAUAAAAUGA